CCGGAGGGUGGCGGUCUCCGGAAAGCUGCUCCGAGCCCGGGUGUUGCUGCUAAUGAGCGCACUCUCUCUGUUCUCUCUUUACAAUGAAAGCCAAGCCGGAGCCCAGGUACCUGGACGGAGUGAGAGCUGAGGUCUCAGGAAUUUCACACUGAGUGGCUACUAGCCAAGGCUGGAGGGCUGUUAUGCAGCCGUGUUGAGCACAUCACACGUUAAGGGCCCUUUAAAGACCUGGAUUGAUUGGAAGGACAAAAAUUAAAAGCAAUCUGAUCCAGCCCCAUGCCGGAUCCCUGCGGAUUUCCUCCUUAUCCCAUUUCCAUCCACUGUCACAAUCUGAGAGUCUGCCCGAUUUGAUCAGCUUCGCCUCCAGGGGAGGUGUAAUGCCAAGGUUAGGAGGACACCAAGUUACAGACAACUUUUUGAUCUGCCCAUCAGCAGCCUGAGAAACGCUGGCUCUGGAUUUUCCGUAUCAGCCGUUUGGAAAACACGAGCUCCCACUGUUGGCAAGCCUGCAGUGCUCGGGUCUGUGGUACACCCCAGUCACCGCUGCCCGGUAGAUGUGGCAUUUCCAUGCUGAGGCCUCAAGUCCCCCCUGACCCCACCACCACCUCUCCACUGCCCCUCUGGGCCCUACCCGUUCGGACUUCGAAGCCAUGCUGCACCUGCUGGUCCUCUUCCUGCACUGCCUCCCGCUGGCCUCUGGGGACUAUGACAUCUGCAAAUCCUGGGUGACCACAGAUGAGGGCCCCACCUGGGAGUUCUAUGCCUGCCAGCCCAAGGUGAUGCGCCUGAAGGAUUAUGUCAAGGUCAAAGUGGAGCCCUCAGGCAUCACAUGUGGAGACCCCCCUGAAAGGUUCUGUUCCCAUGAGAACCCCUACCUGUGCAGUAAUGAGUGUGACGCCUCCAACCCCGACCUGGCCCACCCACCCCGGCUUAUGUUUGACAGGGAAGAUGAGGGACUGGCCACCUACUGGCAAAGCGUCACGUGGAGUCGCUACCCCAGUCCACUGGAGGCCAACAUUACACUCUCAUGGAACAAGAGCGUGGAGCUGACAGACGACGUGGUAAUGACUUUUGAGUAUGGCCGGCCCACGGUCAUGGUCCUCGAGAAGUCCCUGGACAAUGGCCGCACCUGGCAGCCCUACCAGUUCUAUGCAGAGGACUGCAUGGAGGCCUUUGGCAUGUCCGCCCGCCGGGCCCGAGACAUGUCACCCUCCAGUGCCCACCGGGUGCUCUGCACGGAGGAGUACUCACGCUGGGCAGGGUCCAAGAAAGAGAAGCAUGUGCGCUUUGAGGUAAGGGACCGCUUCGCCAUCUUUGCCGGCCCUGACCUGCGCAACAUGGACAACCUCUACACGAGGCUGGAGAGCGCCAAGGGCCUCAAGGAGUUCUUCACAUUCACUGACCUACGCAUGCGGCUGCUGCGCCCUGCACUGGGUGGCACCUACGUGCAGCGAGAAAACCUCUACAAGUACUUCUACGCCAUCUCCAACAUAGAAGUCAUCGGCAGGUGUAAGUGCAACCUGCAUGCCAACCUGUGCACAGUGCGUGAGGGCAGCCUGCAGUGCGAGUGCGAACACAACACCACGGGCCCCGACUGUGGCAAGUGCAAGAAGAACUUCCGCACGCGGGCCUGGCGAGCUGGCUCCUACCUGCCGCUGCCCCAUGGCUCUCCCAACGCCUGUGCUGCUGCGGGCUCCGCCUUUGGCAGUCAGACCAAGUCACCCGCUACUUCUCCCCUUGGGGACAGCUCCUUCUGGCCCCAGGUGUCCACCAGUGCAGAAGCUGUGGCUAUCUCUGUCGCUGCCCCUUCCCAAGUCAAGGGCUCCUCACUUUUCCAGCUCAAGCCCAGAUCUCCUCAAGUGAUACCCAUUGAAGAAUUUCAAGACUGCGAGUGCUACGGCCACUCCAACCGCUGCAGCUACAUUGACUUCCUGAACGUGGUGACCUGCGUCAGCUGCAAACACAACACUCGAGGCCAGCACUGUCAGCACUGCCGCCUGGGCUACUACCGGAACGGCUCAGCCGAGUUAGACGAUGAGAAUGUCUGCAUCGAAUGUAACUGUAACCAGAUCGGCUCCGUGCAUGACCGGUGCAACGAGACCGGCUUCUGCGAGUGCCGGGAGGGCGCGGUGGGGCCCAAGUGCGACGAUUGCCUUCCCACGCACUACUGGCGCCAAGGAUGCUAUCCCAACGUAUGCGACGACGACCAGCUGCUCUGCCUGAACGGCGGCACCUGCGUGCAGAACCAGCGCUGCACCUGCCCGCGCGGCUACACCGGCGUGCACUGCGAGCAGCCCCGCUGUGACCUCGCCGACGACAGCGGCCCGGACUGUGACCGCGCGCCAGGCACCGCCCCGCGCCUCGACACCCUGCUCGGAUGCCUGCUGCUGCUUGGGCUGGCGGCCCGUCUGGGCUGCUGAGCCCGUUCUAGGGUCCGGGGCUUCCGGGCCCGGCGGCGACUCGGGUGCGGCCGAGACGCUCCAGGUGCUACUCGCAGAGUCCUCCCGCCCUCCCUGCUCUGCCCGCGCUCACCCGCCCUGCCCGGCGCUGCCCUCGCUCCUGCCUCCACAGGGGGCGCUGUGGAGCCCAGGCCCGGCAGACUGCAAUUUUCAGUUUUUUUCUUUUUUAUAACCUAACGUCCCUAUCAUUUUUUUCUCGUUUCCCAGUUUUCUUUCUUUGCUUUCUUCCUCUUCUUCUCUUCCUCUUUUUCCUCCUUCCGUCCCUCCCCCUCCCUCUCCUUUCUUUUGCUGGCGGUGAGACAGGGACUGGGGAGAAACGCUGCUCAUCCCAACACCCGCAGGUCCUGCCACCCCCACACACAGAACUCUUGCGCUCACCCCAGCGCCUGUUCCUGGCUGCCAUGAGCAGCCAGCGGACCCGGAACUCCAGUUGCCUACAACUCUAGUCGCUGACUUGAUUCUCUUUUGUAUCUUUUUUUUUUUUUUUUUUUUGCACUCACCAGACCCUAGGCCCCCAAGGAGGCCUGGAGACGGAGGAACUCACUGUCUGGGGAGGGGUAGGACAAAGUGCGGGGAGGGGUGGAAACCUUGUUUUCUAGAGAACUAUUUUGUUUGUAUCCACUGUCCCUUGUGAGGAGGGAAUCGGUUGGGAGCUGGUCACCGAGAGUGGCUGAUGGUGUGCAAGCCCACAGUAAAGCGAGUUCA